GAUCCACAGAUCAGGAUUCUCUGGAGAUGGAAGAACUUCCAUGGAAAAUAUAUCUACAAUUCUACCCCAUCUUUCACACAUGAGGAUUUCAAGGACCGACUCAGCCUAAACUGGACACAGCCUCAGACAUCUUGGAGUCCUCAGAAUCUGGAACUUGAAGGAGAAGGACCAGACAGUGUACUUCUGCCAAGUUCACAUGAACACAAAGGAAGGCAUCAAGGAGUUUCAGUCGAUUCCUGGGACCCAACUCACCCUCACUCCUGCCCCCAGGACCACCUCUCCAAGUCCCACCUCUGCAACUUCUGCACUCACCAGAACUGCACUCACAGCCACAGAAGGGAAGAAGAGCGGGAAGAGUCAGACCCUGGGUCUGGGAACCAGAGUUGGGUUGGCAGUGGCUGCUGCUGUACUCCUGGCUGGGGUUUUGGGGUUGACAGUGUUCCUCAGGUGGAGGAGAAGGAAAGGACAGAGGACUAAAGCUGAAACCCCAGCCAGGGACCUCAUUGAAAACACUGACAAUGUUGAACCUGAAGGACAAUAUAUGGACCUCAAAGUGAACACCAAGGAUAACAACAUCGUGUACGCCUCCAUUGCCCGCUCAAGCCCAGCCUCCCCAGGAACACCACCCUGCCAGCCUGUCCAUGGGAACCCCCAGGAAGUGACUUUGUACUCAAUCAUAAAGGCCAAAUGAAUGGGUUUGGGUGACGAUCUCAGAGUCACCUGUGUUUCUAGUGGGAAGACUCCCAGCUUCCACUGAUACCCACAGCCAGAGACAAAGUCUCAUGGGUCACUGAUACCCAUGGCCAGAAACAGAAAUUCACACAUCAGGGCGUUUGAGCUCAGAGAAAAUCAGAAAUUCCCAGUUCUCUUUUUUAACUUCCUAGACCUUUCUCACAAAAUAAAAUAAUCCACAGAAUUUGCCUAAAUGAAUCUAAUUAAGAGUCACAUCCCCUCCUCUAUCACUUUUUUCUGGUUGCCCAAUUCAGGGGAUGCCCCAAAUGCUGGCAGCCAGUCUACACGAUGUACACCCACAUCUGGGAGGGUAAUAACCAGCACACAGUGACUGGUUCCCAUGGACCACCACAUUGGACAUCAGCAACAAUCUAGAUAGACGGUGUGAGACAGGGAACUAAACACUAGAUGGUUACAAUGCUUUCCUAAGGCCAUCUUGCUCCCAGGAAUUCAGGGAGCCAGGACUCACAGAGAUACUUUU